UUUAGCUCAAUGUUUGGGAUGCUGAUCUUUACAUACACACUGCUGCUUUUCUAUCAUUUUUAUGCAAACGCAGAAAACACUCUUUGUCGAGCAAUGGGAGACCCUAAAUACCCGCUGCUGUAUAAGGAUGGAGACAUAACAAUUGGAGGACUGUUUGCAAUCCACAGGCAAGAAACACUGUCUUCAUCUGAGUUCACAAAAAAAACUCAGCUUCUGUCAUGCUCCAGUGUGAAUCUAAGAGAUUUUCGGAUGGCUCAAAUCAUGACCUUCGCCAUUGAGGAGAUUAACAAAAGUGGAACAUUGCUCCCAAAUAUUUCUAUUGGCUACAGAAUCUAUGAUACCUGUGGUUCAAGAAUGUCUUCUAUGAGUGCAAAUAUGGCGGUGAUGAAUGGAGAGCAGUUUGCAGCAGAGGACAAAUGCAAUGGAGAGACUAUACAUGCUGUAAUAGGAGAUACAGAGUCUUCAACAACAGUGACUUUGUCAAGAACCACAGGACCUUUUAAAAUUCCAGUGAUAAGUCCCUUAGCUGCAUGUGAAUGUCUCAGUAAUAGGAAAGAUUACCCCUCAUUCUUUAGAACUAUUGCUAGUGAUUAUCACUACAGUGAAGCACUUGCAUACAUAGUCAAACACUUCGGCUGGUCUUGGAUUGGAGCUGUGAACAGUGACAAUGACUAUGGAAAUUAUGGAAUGGCCACAUUUCUGAAAAUAGCCCAGGAGGAGGGCAUUUGUGUAGAGUACUCUGUGAAAUUCUACAGAACAGAACCUGAAAGAAUAAAAAAAAUUGUAGAUGUAAUAAAACAAGGAACCGCAAAAGUGAUUGUUGCAUUUAUUUCCUUUCUUGAUAUGGGAUUACUAAUUGACCAGUUAAGUACUCAGAACAUUACAGGGUUCCAAAUAAUUGGUUCAGAAGCAUGGAUAACUGCAAAAGAUUAUAUCACUCCAAGUAGCUUUCGUGUGCUGGGGGGAUCACUUGGGUUUGCUAUAAAAAAAAUCCAUAUUGAAGGGUUUUCAGAUUAUGUUAUCAAAGCAUUCUGGGACACAGCUUUUCCAUGCUCACAGAGAAAAUAUAAUUCAUCUCAAACUGAAUUAAAUUGCAUCAUAAAUCAAGAUCUCCUUGUGCUGAAAAAUUACAACAAAGAUGUACCUGACCAACGAUAUUCCAGUAAUGUCUACAAAGCAGUGUAUGCUGUGGCUUAUGCACUACACAAUCUGCUAAAGUGCAAAGAACAAGAAGAAUGCAAGAAAAGCCUCCCAAUACAACCACAUCAGAUUGUUGAGGGGCUGAAAAAUGUCAAUUUCACAAUAAAGACAGGAGAUCAUGUGUGGUUUAACAGCACUGGUGCCACUUUACCCCAGUAUGAACUUUUAAACUGGCAGCAGGACUCUGAUGGAUCAUUCCAGUUUAAAACAGUGGGUUACUAUGAUGCCUCACUGCCCCCUGACCAGCGCUUUGUUCCAGACAAUAAUAACAUUAUCUGGGCUCGAGGACAGCUGCAGAAGCCAAGGUCUGUGUGCAGUGAGAGUUGUCCUCCAGGCACUAGGAAGGCUGUACAGAAAGGAAGACCAGUCUGCUGUUAUGACUGUAUUCCAUGUGCAGAUGGAGAAAUCAGUAAUGAGACAGAUUCAAAUAACUGUAUGCAGUGUCCAGGGGAAUUCUGGUCUAAUACUGAAAAAAAUAAAUGUGUCUUAAAGGCUGUAGAGUUUCUGUCAUUCACAGAAGUUAUGGGUAUAGUGCUAGUCUUUUUCUCACUGUUUGGAGUAGGAAUAACUGUUCUGGUCACAGUCCUGUUUUACAGUAAGAAGGACACCCCCAUAGUAAAAGCCAACAACUCAGAGCUGAGCUUCCUGCUGCUCUUCUCAUUGACUCUGUGUUUUCUCUGUUCACUUACUUUCAUUGGUCGCCCCACUGAGUGGUCCUGUAUGUUACGUCACACAGCGUUUGGGAUCACUUUUGUCCUCUGUAUCUCUUGUGUUCUGGGUAAAACAUUAGUUGUGUUAAUGGCCUUCAAGGCCACACUUCCAGGAAGUAAUGUCAUGAAAUGGUUUGGGCCUAUACAACAGAGACUCAGUGUUCUUGCCUUUACACUUAUACAGGUUCUUAUCUGUGUGCUUUGGUUAACAAUAUCUCCUCCUUUUCCCUAUAAAAAUAUGAUAUAUUAUAAAGAGAAGAUCAUUCUUGAGUGCAGUCUAGGUUCUACUGUUGGUUUCUGGGCUGUACUGGGUUAUAUUGGUCUACUGGCUCUCUUGUGCUUCAUUCUGGCUUUUCUGGAACGGAAGCUGCCUGAUAACUUCAAUGAAGCUAAAUUAAUCACAUUCAGUAUGCUCAUAUUCUGUGCUGUGUGGAUCACAUUUAUUCCAGCUUAUGUCAGUUCUCCUGGAAAAUUUACUGUAGCUGUGGAGAUAUUUGCCAUUUUAGCCUCAAGCUUCGGUUUAUUAUUCUGCAUAUUUUCACCUAAAUGUUACGUCAUCCUGUUUAAGCCUCAACAAAAUACAAAACUUAAUUUGAUGGGAAAAACACAAACAAAGCACUAUUGA